GACCUACAAUGCCAGUGACUGCUUUACCUCAGGAGAUCAUCAGCUCAUUCUACGUGUAGUGUCUGCUGUUAUUGGAGUAAUUGGAGUUAUUUGUAUUGGUGCUGCUGGGUUGAGCUAUUACUGCUACAAGAUCAACUCAAGAGGACAGAAACACACUGGAAAUGAGAAUGAAUGUGAGGAAACUGGAAAGAUUAUAACCAACCAAAAGAAGGAAGAGACUGUAGUAUUGCUCCCAGGAAAACAUCAAACUUCAUCUUUUGCAGUAACACAAAAUACCUGUGAUCAAUCUACAAACCCAGUGACUCACAAACAAUUAGGUCAGAAAGAUAUAAUAGGGGAAGGGAGUAGUUUAGAUGGACAAUCUUCAAAUUCAGUUCAGGAAAAACCUGCUAUUCAUGAUGGAGUGAAACAGCAUGAAAAAAUGAACAGCAAUCCCACAGCUGGAAAGAGCACAAACACUUCUGAUGUUUCCAAUGAAGGUGAACCUGCAGGUGAUUUUGAAGACCUUACAAAACUAAUAGGACCAAUGGACCUAGGAGGUGGUACAGAGAAAAGGCCAGUCUUACCUUCAGCUCAGGUUUCUACUGUGAGGAGUGAUAGAGUGUCAGUAGAUGAUACACAACAGCCCUGUAGGGAAUCAGACUCUGCACCAAAGCCUGAUGAGAGUGCUGAUCCUGAUCAUCAUGCAGAUCCCUCCUCUGGAUCUCCCAGACAGUCUGGAGACGCUGAUCAUACAUUUAGUGAUGACAGUAAGUCCCCUCUUUUACACAUGAGGAACGUGGAGGGCACGUGUGAGAAUGAAAGAGACACAAACACAGGGACAGGGAAAGCAAACCAGAGUACCAUCAACAAAUCCCCCUCUGCAGCAGCAGGAAAAGUUAACAGGAAAUAUGCAGUAAAGAGCUCAAAAACUUCUGAUGUUUCCAAAGAAGGUGAACCUACAUGUAACGUUCAAGACAAAAAAAAACUAUUUUACCAAGGAAGUGGUCCCAGGAAAAGGCCACACUCACCUUCAGUUCAGGUUGAGAAACACGAGGCCAAAAAAGAAAAGAAACAAGAGGCCAAUAGAAAAAUAAGAGUCUCAGAUUCCUCCUCUGGAUCACAUCAUACAUUUAGGGAUGACAGUAAUGAGAGUGCAAAUCCUGAUCAUCAUGCAGAUCCCUCCUCUGGAUCGCCCAAACAGUCUGAAGUUGCUGAUCAUACAUUAAGUGAUGACAGUAAGUCCCCUCUUUCCCACAUCAGGAACAUGGAGGGCACGUGUGAGAAUGAAAGAGACACAAACACAGGGACAGUGAAACAAAACCAGAGUACCAUCAACAAAUCCCCCUCUGGACCAGCAGGAAAUGUCAGCACUGAUGCCACAGUGAAUCAGGCGCAGAUGCCCCCGAUGGCUCAGCCGGCCCUGACGCCGCAGCCGGCCCUGACGCCGCAGCUGUUCCUUACCUCGCCGCCUCAGCUGCUCUUGAAGACGGCUGCACCCGGCCCUGACGGCUCUGCCAGCCCCCGCUCCGGCCUCGCCGAUGAUGGCCGCCCCCGCUCCUGCUCCGCCACUGAUGCUGUAGCACCCUUGCCGCCGCACUCAAUCCAUUUAACCUCCACACUCCCUUCACUCCUGGGGUGCAUACUCAUCAGGGAUGAAAAGGAGGGCACGUGUGACAAUGAAAGAGACACAAACACAGGGACAGUGAAACAAAACCAGAGUACCAUCAACAAAUCCCCCUCUGGAUCAACAGGAAAUGUCAGCACUGAAACCACAGAUACACUAUCAUGUGAAAGGCAGGAGGAGAGUGUGAAUGUAGAAGACAAUUCAAGUGGAAAACCAAUUACAACAGGCAGUCAAGAUACUCACACAGCAGCAACACAUACCUGUGACAGGUCUUCAGACGCUGAGGAUAGAGUAACAGGUGAUGUUCAAGAUGACAAAAUGGAUAACACUGUAGGGCUCAUCAAUGAUGAUGUCACCAGUAUACCGACACAUGAAGGGCAGAAAGAGAGAAUAGGGGAAGGGGGUAGUUUAGAUGGACAAUCUUCAAAUUCAGUUCAGGAUAAACCUUCUGUUCAUGAUGGAGUGAAACAGCAUGAACAAAUAAACAGCAAUCUCACAGCUGUAAAGAGCACAACAACUUCUGAUGUUCCCAAGGAAGAGGAACCUACAGAUGAUGUUGAAGGCAAUGGAAAAAAAUUUGAUGAAAAUACUACAUUGAACCAAACAACUCGUAACGAUCCCAUGAAUGGACCGGGCCCCUUUAAGGAAUCAGACUCUGCACCAAAGCCUGAUGAGAGUGCUGAUCCUGAUCAUCAUGCAGAUCCCUCCUCUGGAUCUCCCAGACAGCCUGGAGACGCUUAUCAUACAUUUAGUGAUGACAGUAAGUCCCCUCUUUUCCACAUGAGGGGUGUGGAGGGCACGUGUGAGAAUGAAAGAGACACAAACACAGGGACAGUGAAACAGAACCAGAGUACCAUCAACAAAUCCCCCUCUGGAUCAGCAGGAAAUGUCAGCACUGAUGCCACAGAUACACUAUCAUGUGAAAGGCUGCAGGAGAGUGUGAAUGUAGGAUACAAAUCAAGUGGAAAACCAAUCAUAACAGGCAGUCAAGAUACUCACACAGCAGCAACACAUACCUGUGACAGGUCUUCAGACGCUGAGGAUAGAGUUACAGGUGAUGUUCAAGACGACAAAAUGGAUACCACUGUAGGGCUCAUCAAUGAUGAUGUCAGCAAUACACAUAUACAGGAAGGGCAGAAAGAGGGAAUAGAGGAAGAGGGUAGUUUAGAUGGACAAUCUUCAAAUUCAGUUCAGGAUAAACCUUCUGUUCAUGAUGGAGUGAAACAGCAUGAACAAAUAAACAGCAAUCUCACAGCUGUAAAGAGCACAACAACUUCUGAUGUUUCCAAUGAAGGUGAACUUACAGGUGAUGUUCAAGACCCUCCAAAACAACUGGGAGCAAUGGACCUAGCAGGUGGUACCGAGAAAAGGCCAGGCUUACCUUCAGCUCAGGUUUCUACUGUGAGGAGUGAGAGGAAGUCAGUAGAUGAUACACAACAGCCCUGUAGGGAAUCAGACUCUGCACCAAAGCCUGAUGAGAGUGCUGAUCCUGAUAAUCAUGUAAAUCCCUCCUCUGGAUCUUCCAGACAGUCUGGAGACGCUGAAGCUUUAACUGAUGACAUUAAGUCCCCUGAUUCCCACAUGAGGAACGUGGAGGGCACGUGUGAGAAUGAAAGAGACACAAACAUAGGGACAGUGAAACAAAACCAGAGUACCAUCAUCAAAUCCCCCUCUGAAUCAGCAGGAAAUGUCAGCACUGAUGCCACAGAUACACAAUCAUGUGAAAGGCAGGAGGAGAGUGUGAAUGUAGGAGACAAUUCAAGUGGAAAACCAAUUAUAACAGGCAGUCAAGCUACUCACACAGCAGAAAUACAUACCUGUGACAGGUCUUCAGACGCUGAGGAUGGAGUUACAGGUGAUGUUCAAGAUGACAAAAUGGAUACCACUGUAGGGCUCAUCAAUGAUGAUGUCAGCAAUACACAUAUACAGGAAGGGCAGAAAGAGGGAAUAGAGGAAGAGGGUAGUUUAGAUGGACAAUCUUAAAAUUCAGUUCAGGAUAAACCUGCUGUUCAUGAUGAAAUGAAACAGCAUGAAGAAAUGAACAGCAAUCCCACAUCAGUAAAGAGCACAGAAACUUCUGAUGUUCCCAAUGGAGGUGAAACUACAGGUGAUGUUCAAGACGACAUAAACAAAUUACAAGAAAUGGCUGCAAUGAGCCCAACAGCAUGUAAUGUUCCCAUGAGUGUCCCGCGCCCCUUGAAGGAAUCAGACUCUGCUCCAAAGUCUGAUGAGAGUGCUGAUCCUGAUCAUCAUGUAGAUCCCUCCUCUGGAUCGCCCAGACAGCCUGGAGACGCUGUUCAUACAUUUAGUGAUGACAGUAAGUCCCCUCUUUUACACAUGAGGAACAUGGAGAGCACGUGUGAGAAUGAAACAGGCACAAACACAAACACAGGGACAGGGAAACAAAACCAGAGUACCAUCAACAGAUCCCACACUACUCACACAGCAGCAACAAAUACCUGUGACAGGUCUUCAGACGCUGAGGAUAGAGUUACAGGUGAUAUUUAAGAUGACAAAAUGGAUACCACUCUAAGGCUCAGCGAUGAUGACGUCAACAAUAUACCAAUACAAGGGGAAGGGGGUAGUUUAGAUAGACAGUCCUCAAAUUCAGAUGAGGAUAAAUUCGUGGAUGCAUGUGAGAAUACAGCUGACCUGAAGCAUCUGGAAUGAUGACAUCAUCAACACAUUACCACAUGGAGGGCAGCUAGAGAGAAUGCAGGUUGAUGAUAGUUCAAGUGUUAUCCAGACUUCAACAGAUAAUCAAGAUAUAACAUUUCCUGAAGAACCAAACACAUAUGCUAAUUCUUCCAACACUACUGGUGACAAACCUACAAGUGAGGUAAAAGCUGAAAUAGCAAUGACUGAAGAUAAAAGUAAUUCAGCAUCUGUGAAGUGCUCCAAUACUGAUGAUGAUCCCACUGAUGAAGCCAGCUUCCCCCCAGCUCAGCCAAAUGAUGAACAGAGUCCAGGGGAAAACACUAAAGAAUCAGUCUCUGCCUAAAAGCCUGAGGGUGAAUGGUGAACCGCUCUCCAAAGAUCACUUGAACCCAGAAGCAGAG